CGUUGCGCUCGCUGAUUAGUUUCUUUUCCUCAUUAUCCCCCGUGAGUCAAGUUUUAUUUUAAUUUCUAGUUUAAAAUUUAGUUGCUUCGGUUAUUUUGGGCGUCAAAUGUCCUAAACUAGUGUUUAAAGUGUUUAGUUAUCUUCAAAUUAUCAUUUUCAGCCGCAAACAAUCCGUCCCCAAAAAAUGUCCAAAAAGAAGUCGGAAAAGUUUCGCCUCAGCGUGACCAAACAUGGCGAGGAGGACGUCGAGAUGGAGUUCAUCCCCCAAGCUGGCGACGGAGACGGCGGAGCGCUUGAGGGCGAAACGAUGGCCGAGCAAAACUCCGAACCCCACCUGGUGGAGACCGACGACGGGCGGUUGAUCAUCAACAUGACGCCGGGCCUCACGUGCACCGUGUGCCAGAAGGCCUUCGCCACGGCCAACGGCUUGGCUCGGCACAAGAAGGAUGUCUGCGACGCGCAAUCCGGUCCACCCGAAGAGGACGUCCUGGAUUUGGAGCGCAAAGCGGCGACCCGGGCCAAGCCUGGCGAGGAGUUCUUCAAGUACUGCGAUCCGAACCCGGAGAAUCCGUGCUACUGCUGCGGCGAGGACAUUUCCACCGCCCACACUGGCCAUAUCCGGUGCAAGCUGUGCCCAAAGUCGUUCAAGGCGUACGAGUACAUGGAGCGCCAUCUGGCGUCGGUUCACGCCGAGGACGACACGUUCGCGUGUCCGCAGUGCAACUCCAAGUGCUCGUCGGCCAAGGUCCUGAACGAACAUCUGCUGACCCAUAGCGAGGGCAAGCCGUUCUCCUGCUUGCGCUGCAGCAAGGACUUUACCCGGAAGUACCACUUGGAGCGCCACUUGAACCAUUCAAACUGCGGCGACAACCCGAAACAUAUGCAACCGUGCGAGGUGUGCGGCAAAGAGUUCGCCCGGCUGGACAAUCUGAGGGAGCAUUUGCGGUUCCACAUGGGCCAGGCCAACCGGAAGCGCGACUACCAGUGUCCGUACUGUCCCAAGUCGUUCUACGGGUCGUCGCUGCUGAACAUUCACAUCCGUACUCACACCGGGGAGAAGCCGUUUCCGUGUGAUUUGUGCACGAAGUCGUUCCCGUCAACGGGGGCGUUGAGGAAACACCGCAGAAGCCACACCGGCGAGCGUCCCUAUCGUUGCGAUCAGUGCUCGGCCACCUUUGCGGCUCGGGAAACGCUCAACAGACAUCGCAAAACUCACACUGGCGAAAAGCCCCACGAGUGCACAAUCUGCCACAAGGGCUUCAUCCAGGCUUCCCAGCUGCGCUCGCACAUGUUCAACCACACGGGCGAGGGCGGCUUCGACUGCGAACAGUGCGGGGCAACGUUCAGCCGGCGAACGCGCCUAACCGAACAUGUCAAGUUCGUGCACAAGCAGGAGCAGAUGUUGCCCUGCCCCACCUGCGGGAAGGAGUUUGUGCGCAAGGAGGACCUGCAGCGCCACCAGGACACGCACGCCGAUAUUAAGAACUUUGAAUGCUCCGAGUGCAGCAAGCGGUUCGUGUCCCGGGCGGCGCUCAACACGCAUCUUAAGGUGCACAUCGUCGAGGAGCCGGCAAAGUGUACGAUUUGCAACAAAGAGUUUUUGCGGAAGGACUGUCUGACUCGGCACAUGAGAAGCAAGCAUCGCGACGAGUACUACAUGAAGGAAGAAGCUGAAGACACCAAACCGGAACAAAUAACUCCAGACGACGGUUCGGCGUCGCCGGUCGAGGUCGAAGAGGAUCCGCACGUGCUCGAGAUCGACGGCGAGGUGUACCAAAUUACCCCACUGGAGGAGGUUCACAUCGUUCGUAUCAACUCGAGCGACGAACGCGAUCCCGGAGCAGCCACAGUCAAAACCGAGGAAGGUAGAAAGACCAAAGUGCUCGAGGUGGUCAACAUUGUUCCGUCGCCGACCAAGCAGGUCAAACCGAAGGUUGUGGCGGUGAAGCCGGCUAAGAAGAAGGAACCUGCGGAGAAGAAGCCCAAAAGAAUUAAAACCAACGAGUUUGUCCUUCCUCUUCCUCCUCCGGUUAGGGAGAAGAUCGUCCCGGCCAUGGUGGAACUGCCGGCGGGAACCCUCGUCGUCGCCAAAGAGCCAAAGGAACCGAAAGAGCGCAAGAAGCGCAAGCCGAACGCCGAAUCCGACGGCGGCGACAUCCGCAAGACCAAAAUCAAAAAGGAAAAGCAAGACGAUUCCGUCCCCAUCUUCCUGAGCGACGCUUCACUAAAACAGAAAAUCUCCGAGCUGCUCUGUCUCCUCAUCGACGAGGAAAUGCUCGAGGAGUUCGGAUGGCCCAAGGCCCCCGUCGAGGACGUCCUGAGCAACGUGAUCGUCCGCUGUGGCCACAAGCCGGCCCGAGACGAGGAGGAUAUGGGCGGCGAUGUGACCACCCGGAUGCGGGAAAACACCAAGAUUCUGUUCGCGCUGACGAUGGACGACGACAACAUCAAGACGCUGCUCAACAAUCACACCGUCGACGAGGUCAUCAUGAACGUGCUGAAGACCAAGUAAGUGUUCCGAGGGGUGUUGAGGGGAAGAUUCGCCACAAGUGCAAUUAUUAAAUCCUUCCAAAGGCGGGGACACCGGAAAUCAUGUGGCCUUUGUUUACAAGUUAAGGUUUAUAAUAUUUUGGUGAAUUGGUUGAACUAAUAAUAAGCAUACAUAUAUUUUAAUUUUAAACUAGAUUCAAUAUUUUAUAAUUUAUUGGCACGUCCAAUCCUUAAAUUGUACGUUCACGUUUAAUGUUAGAAUUCCAGUAUACAAGAAAGUGCAGAUCCCCACUAAUGAUUGUUUUGCUUUUGAAAUAUAUUUAGUUAUCUUGUAGAAACAACAGUUUAUAAUUUGCUCGAAAGAAAAAUUCCUGAACUAAAGUGGUAAUGCUACAGGCAUAACAACCAUAAUGACGAAGCGCUUCGGGCAGAAAAGUAAAUAAAUAGUUUUAUAAGUAUUGACGUAGGACUACCUCUUACUCGAAGAUAUUGGGGUGCCGUUCCAAAAAACCUGGGCCGUAAGAUUUCAAACGCUUAUAUCUUCCUUCCCUUAAAUCUAAUCGACACGAUUUUGUUUCCAUUCGAUUAGAAAAUUACUCAGCUGUUAGAUUUUCAAUGUUGCAAAAUAGUUUUACUAUUGAACCAACUCAAUGUUUUAAAAUGUUUUCAAAAUGCAGAGACUAGCAAAAUAAGCGCUUCCCAAACACGGACGGAAAUGUCGAGUAUCUAUUUUGAGGGGAAAAUCGUGACCGGUGUCGGUCGUGUAAAGGAGGGAAAGUAGAGGGCUAAAAAACAUACAAAAGAACGCGCGCUAGUGUCCGAACCAUCAUUCACGUCUCAGACGUCGGACCGGCCAGACCAGCAGCAGCAGGAGAGAGAGGGACUUUCCUUUCCAUUUGCCGCAAGUACACCAACGAGUGGAGCAUUUUUUUGUGAAUUUCUGUUUAUUUUCACUUUUAGUAAAAGUUAUUUUAGUCCUUUUAUAAGCAAUUAAAACAAAUAUUUCCCAAAUGUAUUCUAAUCAGACGAGAAAGCAUUGGGUCAUGCCCAUUUUUCUAUUUUCAGCUUAGUUCUUUUUUCUCCCAGCGCUAUUUUGGGUCUGCUUAGUACUGCCAAUUGUGCCGAAAUUUUAAGCGAACACUCACGAAAAGUAGCAUUUAUAGAUAAAGUUUUCUGGCAUCACUGGCUCACUCCAACAGGCGCUGCUGGUGGUGUUGGUGGCCACCCUUUUGUUCUUUAUUUGCCUUCGCUUCUCGCUCGGUUUUCUUCAGCCUUCGAUUGGAAGGGGUCGUCAAAAGUCAAACGUCAAAAUUGUUGGCGCGUUUUUUUUUUAUGCGCUUGCCAAUUAUUUACAUGUUUCGGGAUUAUUUUUCAAGUGAGUAACUAACUAAUGUUCAAAAGAACAUGUUGCCGCUAGUUCGAAGCAAUUUCAUAUCUUAAAGUCGUAGAAGGUGUCCUUCACUCUUAGGGAAAUGACUGUCAAUUAUGGUUCUGAAUUAAGAGUCCAGAAAUAGUAAAUUGAAAUGAAAAAAAUAAUCACGUUAUGUUAAAUGCUUCUACAAACAAUACAAAGAAAACAAUUUUUUGUUUGAUACAUUCUGAAUCAAGAUUUGAAUGUUUUUCUAAAACAAACAUGGCCGCCAAAUUGCCCAUCGGGAAUGACGCUUUGAAAACGUUAGCUCAAGUGAAAAGAUAUUGAUGGCGACUUUCGUUAAGCAGUUAAGCUCUCAUCUUGCGGUGGAUGUGUGUGCCAAAAAAAUGAUGAGAGAUGGGCUCCCAAAAAAUAAAUUAUGAUCAAAAGUGCAUUAAAUUUAAUCUUUUUUGCCAGUAAAUGGAAUAAAUUUGCGUGCUUACUCGAGGCGGUGCUGUUGCUGGUGAGUUUAAAGCCUAAAUAGUAUUUUUUGAGCUUUAAUCGAGCAUCAAACUCUCCAUAUGACGAAGAUAGGUGUUUGAUUAGAAAGGGUAUAUUUCCCCUAUGCCCAUUGUUAGUAAUUAUUUGAGUGUAAAAAAAAAAACUCUACCAACUCAUACGUUGAUCGUUGUACAAGGUCAUUAAAAUAAACUGGAAAUAAUAGAGGUAUUUUAAUUUCAACUUUUGAUUUGGUUAACGCUGAAAUUCCUUCAAAAUACCAUGCACUUUAGGUACUUGAAGUUCACAUCCGUGUUCGGGAAACGCUUUUGCGGUGACCAAUUUAAUGCUUUUCAGGCGACACUUAACUUUCCUGCCGGUGUUACGGAAGCGCUCAUUUUGCAUGCAAUUUGAAACAAUGUUCGAUUGAUAUACUAUUUUGCCAAUGUUCAAAUUCUAAUAGAAUAUUGUUGAAUAACUUCGAAUCGAAAUGUGAUAUUGUCCUUCUGUAAAGAUUGGGGACUUGACGAGUAAGAAAAAUCAUUUGAAAUAUAAGGAGACCGUUUUGAAAUCAUUCAAACACUCUGCAAUAAGAACAAACG